GAAGAGCGCGGGACUGUAAUGGGUACAAGACAUCCUGAGGUCUCUGGUUCGAUCCCGGAAGGAGGGAGUUAUUUUUCUUUGGCUUUAUAUGAAUUUUGGGACGAUCGUCUUUUUUGGCCAUUUAGUUACGUAAUCAAAGCUGAGAGAAUGAUUAUAUCAUUAAUAAUCUGAUUGGGGAAGAUACUGGAGAAAGAAAAAAAGUCAUGACAAAUGGAAGUAUCGAUAACUUCAGCAACGGGCCUCUUUGUCUAUGCUUGGCUGGGUUUGCCUCUUUUUCUCUCUCCACCAACAGACUAUAACAAUACAGAAGAUGGCAUCAACACAGAGGGCACUAGCUGCUUACCGUUCAGCUCUGCGGGCAACGAGGGUUGCCUUCACGACUGACACCAGCACAUUAGCUGCCGCCAGAACGAACAUAAAGCAGGAGAUGAGGGCCGAAAAGUCCUCCACGAACCCAGACUACACGCCGGCGCAGAGAAUCGAGCUUCUGGAACAAGUUGGCGCCUUCUUGAGACGGAACAUUGUCCAGGGCGUCAAGCGUGACGAUUCCGAAGGUCGAUAUGCGCUGAACAUCCACCAGGACACCGAGCUAGGCGACAAUAACGAAAUCAAGAAGAACAAGUCUCGAUUCAAAGCCUCAGGUGCACCACCAAGCGGGGGUGGCUGCUGUGGUGGCGGAAACAUCGAGUUGAAGCAGAAGACCCACUGACGAGUUCUCCACGUCACUUGCCACACUCCUGUAAAUAUGGCUAGCCCGACCCAUGCCCCCGUGUGUAUACAGUACGUACGUGUAUUAGCAUAAAUAGAGUACUCGUAAUAGUAAGGGCUUUAAUACCAGCAAAACACGAUAAUAGCGCAGGAUAAGAUGCCAUACAGCUCCCCCGGGCUGGCCCCCCUUCUCACCCCGUCCCAACCCCGCAAAUACGGCCGCCCAAUUGUUCUAUUUUUGCCUUGACGUCAAAUGUGGCGUACCGUUCCAGUCCCUAUUUUGCUGGCUCUGGGCAGGCCCGGAAGGCCUCGAUGGUGAUGCGACGUACAUGCGGUGCGUCAUUCUCUUUCUGCCUUCUCUCGAGCAGACCUAUCCCGUCCACGGCCCUGACGUGGAGACAUGUCCCCUUCCGGGAAAAGUUUAUAAAAAGAUUGGUGUUUCCAGUUUGAUGAUCAAUUGACUGCAACGG